AUGAUCAUCGUCACCGUCAACGACCGCCUCGGUACCAAAGCGCAGAUCCCGUGCUUAGCAUCGGACCCCGUGAAAGUCUUCAAAGCCAUGGUGGCGGCGAAGAUAGGCAGGCCGGUGCAUGAGAUUAUGUUGAAGAGACAGGGAGAGCGGCCGUUCCAUGAUCAGUUGAGCUUGGCGGACUAUGGGAUUAGCCAUGGGGUGCAGAUUGAUCUGGAGCUGAAUACUGGGGAUUAG